GCAGGACAAGCAAAAAUCAAUAAGGGGCUUGUAGCAACCACGCUCAAGCUGCUGGACUCUAAAUGGUCUAAGUUCGAGGAGCAGCACGAGCUACUGGUCGCCGAGUAUGGAGCGGAGAUCAAGAAGCACGAGUACGUGACAAAGGACGUUUUGGGGCAGGCUGAGGAAGUUUAUGUUUUCCAACGUGAGGCGGUUCUUGAGCUGGAGGAGGCGCUCACGAAGCCAGCAUCACCAAUGUCUCCGGAGGGGCCUUCCGGGAACGAUCCCCGAUUCGCCUCCCGCACGACGCUACCAAGGAUCCAGCUUCCCAACUUCUCCGGGAGAUAUGAAGACUGGCCGGCGUUCCGGGACCUUUUCCUGUCAAUCAUCGGCAAGGACACGUCGAUAGCGCAGGUUGAAAAACUGCACUACUUGAAAACCUGCUUAAAGGGGGAGGAAGAAUUACUCAUACGUAACAUUUCCACAACGGGCAAAAAUUAUGAGAGCGCGUGGGAGAUGUUGACCUCAUAUUAUGAGAAUAAAGGCUUGCUAGUGCGCGCCUAUAUCGCCAACUUCAUCUCGCUGCAGAAGAUGAAGGGCGAAUCCCCGUCCAAGCUCAGAAAAAUCUUCCAUUGCCUAAAGUCAACUGUUAGCUCGCUUGAAAACAUCGGCCGGUCGAUCGACUGUAGCGAGGACUUGUUUCUCGAUAGACGGCUUCACACCCUGGAAUCGAUGCAGCCGAUAAACAUCCGCUGA